ACAGCGUCAGUAAAAAAGAUUGGAUUUAGCUUAUUCUGCUCGUUUCUUCUAUGAGAUGAAACAAAUCAAAUUCACGAGGCUCGAAUCUGCCAAAUUUUCCUUUGAAUAAUGGAAACAACAAAACUGGUGUCAAAUUGUUUUAAUUUUUGAGGCCUUGAAAGAAAAAAGAUAGAAUCAAAAUUUAAGAAGUGAAAAAGUUUCAGCUGUAAAAUGCUUCACCUAAAUGGUUGCAGGUCGAGAAACAAAUGCACAGGAAAGAAUUUCGAUUAUUAGAAUGUAAGUCUUUCUGGCUUAGUUUGUUCUGUCAAGGAGCCCAAACGUCAGAAUGAGGGUCCGAAAGAAUACGAUGGAAAAUAUAUACCCAGUUGUGGAUCGAAAUAGGCACUUUCUGAUCAGUGGCGGAUUUAAGGGGGGGGGGGCAACUAGGGGCAGUUGCCCCUCCUUCACCGAGUUGAAGAAAGUCUGGCGCCCCUUUUUUGGAAAUUGUGCGCCUCUUUAGAUGAAUGAGAAUCAGGAGUAAAAGUUUCUGAGACUUUCAGGUAAAUUUACUUCAAGGAUUUCCUCAAAGUAUACAACAGUUAUUGUGAAAAAUGUCCUUACAAAGUGAAUACAGCGUACAUUCGUCAUCAAUUUCUGAAAGUUUUUCAGCGCCCCCAUUACCAACUGCCCCUCCUUCAAAUUUUCUCUGGAUCCGCCCCUGUUUCUGAUAUUCUGAACAAUUAACAAUAACAAAAAAAAUUCUGAAAUGUUAUACUCUGAGGACGAAACAGAUGAAAAAGCUUUAAUUAAUAGUAUGUUGUGAAAUGUUUGCUUUUUUCGAAGCCAUUUUCAAGUUCUGUACCGCAAAAAAUGCCAUAAAGCCAUUGGACGACUUUUUGUUUCACAUAAAGGAAUCGAAAAAAGGCCUUUAUAGAAAAAAUUCCUCCAAUAGAGUAAAGAAAUAGGCGGAAAUAUAAGAAAAGAUACAAUAAUAUGGAAGAGGUUUGGUUUUCAAAGAUUGUAUGGUAAUGUACCACUGACCAUUGAGCAAUGCCGUCGAGGAGCUUUGCAGGUUGUAGCCUCCAUACCAUGUUUUUGUUGAUGAGGCGGGAGAAUGGCAGGAAAAUGGUGGGCGAAGUCCUAUGUGAGCUUGAGCAUAAAUGGCUUGAAAGUAGAACAUGGUUGCGGAACUCUGGCAUUGAAACUUCCAGGUAUGAGAUUUAACAUGGAGGGAACGAGCCGUCAAAACUGAAUAAAAUAAUAAAUAAAAGAAGUCAAUUACGAGACAACACUGAAUGAAAGAAGAAGAUAAAGCUGCCCGUAGUCCAACAAGCCCAGCACAAUAUCACGCAAAACAGAAGACAAGGAUUGAGAUACAUAGAUCUCAAAUGACACACAGUAAAAUGUCACUAUUACGAACUCUAAAGGAGCCAAGAAAAGAUACGUUGUUGGACAGAAGGAACAUGUAUUUUGAAGAAUUCUAAGGGGAAACAGGUUCUUUCCUGUUUUGAUCCAAUACAAACCAACGAUUCAUCUUCAAUAAAUGAAGAAACAAUGCAAAUUAAACCAUCAAUAUGUCACGUUUUAUGAGAUUUAAAUGUCGAAGGUUGCAGCUUUGAGUUCAGGAAAUUAUGAGGUCUUGUAGUCCACCUUAUCCUCCAGGCAGUGUAAGUAUGAAAAAAAUCAACACAAUCUUCAAGUUUAAAAUUUCAGAAUUUUAUAAAUUUAUUCAAACAAGAUAUGCAUGUUUGCAGUGGGGCUUUCGUAAUAUGAGACGAACAUGCCCCUAAAAUAAGCAGGAGGUGCAGUAUAACUAGCCAGAAAUCCCACUAUAGUGCUUAUUAAUAAUUGUUCUUUUGCCCCUCCAGCCACUGCUACCACGAGCCAUGCCUGGGAAGCAACCUUGCUAUGUCACACAAGAAAGUAAUGCCUCAGGCUUUGAAUGAUCUAAAGAUCUUUACAAAAACAUUUUACAUCAAAAACUGUCUUUAAACAAUUUAUUUUUAUUUUGUAUCAUAUCGUAAUAGUGCUGGUAUUUUUUAAAAAGAAAGUGUACACCUAGUGUACACUUAUGUUACACCUAUGUGCUUCAACGUGACUUUUUACGGGGGUCGAUAUAUUAUUAAAAGGAAAGACUAUGAAGGUGCAAAGGUUGUGAAGAGACAUGUUUUGUCAAAAUUCGACCAAAUUCGAUUCAAUGUGAUUAGAGACCAAAAGAAUUCGAGAAAAUUGCUUAAAAAUAGCUUUCCAAGGAAAACGAAGACUUUGCAAUUGAGUCAUGUUUUGCACACUUGACAAAAUUGCUCAAAUAGUGGAAUAGAAUUAAUAGAAUCAAUUCUAUGAAUAGAUUUAAUAUGAUCAGGAACUGCUAAAGAUCAUGAAAUAUUGCUUAGGGGCAAAGUUUGUUUUAAUAAAAUACGAUGGUCGAGUCGAUAUUUUGAAAACAGGCAAGCCUAUAGAAAACAUGCAAGAAAGCAGACAACCAAAUUUGCCACUUUUUAAAGACCAGAAACCGACUAUGAAGGAUUCAAUAUAAUCAUGAAGUACUUAUAGUCAACAAUAAUAAAUACUAAAGGAGCACAGCAUUCUUAACUAAAACUCAAUCUUUUAGAGGAAUGAGUCGAAAAUUUUUUUUAGUAUUUUGUGUUCGAAACUGACUUUGUAGAAGAGUCUGAGUUGCGAAAAAAGGUAAGCCUAUAGGCUUACAAAAAUAUUCUUUUUUUAGGAGGUCAACUUUUUGGUUUAAAUCAACCUAAUUCCAUUAUAUAUGGCCAGGAACUAUUAAAAAAAGAAAUACUCUUAGGGUUAUUUGAAGAAAAUUGCGCCUUUUUAGAGAAGACCAUUUUUCAAAAAGAAGCAGUAUUAAAGAUGAUCAGGAGCUACUAAAAAUGAAGAAAGACUCCAAGGGCGCACUAUAAUUUGAAGAAAUAUGCGACAUUUUAGAAAAAACCAUUUUUCGAAAAAAGGCAAGUUUAUAGGCUUACCGAAAUUGCAAAUUUUUGAAGGUAAACUUUUUGGUCUAAAACCGACCCAAAACUAUUAAAUAUGAUCGAAAACUGCUAAAAAUGAAGAAUGAUACCAAGGGCAUUGAAUUAUUUGAAAAGAGUUGCGACUUUUUAGAGACGACCUUUUUAAUACGGCAAGUCCAUAGGCUUACCAAAAUUGCCAAUUUUUAACGGUCAACUUUAUGGUUUAAAAUCGACUACUUCAAAUGAGAAAGAUACUUCAUGGGCACUGCAGUAUUUGAAGAAAAUCGAUAUGUUUUAGAGACGACCAUUUUUCGAAAGAGGCAAGUUUAUAGGCUUACCAAAAUUGCCAAUUUUCGAAGUUCAACAUUUUUUGCUUAAAACCGACCCAAAAUGAUUAAAUAUGAUAAGGAACUGCUAAAAAAAUGAAGAGAGACUCCAACAACACUCAAUUUUUUUAGAAAAUUGUGUCGUUUUAGAAAACACAAUUUUUCGAAAAAAGGCAAGUCUUUGAUUCGGUAAAUCACUUUCUGUAUCAUUUUUUUUCAUUUUGGAAGUGUAAACAUGGCCUUCUCGAGACAAGAAACUGCACAUUACUGUUUAAGAAAUAAAAUUCUCCCAAUCAUAACAACACAUUCUUCUGUCAUUCACAACUAUGUGCAAUCUGAAACGAAAGGUUACCGUUUCUUUUCUUCACCAAGGUCUACUACUACAAUUUUAGCAUGACAUUCCACCUCCCUAUUUUUGCCAAUAAUCAGUUUUUUUAGCAUUGUAGUUAUUUGCUAAACGUUAGCCUGGGAGAUGCUUUUUAGCCCUUUUACAAGGUAUAAUUUCAAAAAUUUUCUGCACGUCGGACCCAACAAUGGUUGGCCUUCCUACCUCACUAAACUUGAUUGUUAGCCCUCCUGGGCUCAAUUUUGUCUCACCGUCCACACCAUGUACCAAAAAUCAUAUGCCAUGAGAUACAAGCUUUAUUAUCAAGGAAAAUUAAAUUUGACCUUUGAUUUACGCUCACGUUAAACAGGCAAAAUGGCGUCAACAUUGAAAUUUGCAGCGUGCUAUCUAUAUCUGAUUUUUUGCACGUUGUUGUUUUGUGCUGGUCCAGGAAAUUUCAGGGUAAAAUCAAAUCGUGGCAUCAAAAAAAGUCAGUACAUGUUGUCAAAGUGUAAAUAGCUCAAACGAUGCUGAAGAUUCGAAUGGACUUGUUGCAGCAAUCACCGCCAAAAUGAACGAAGGAUUUAGGCCUAGGCAUAAUGCAGAUCGGCCAGACAAAAGGAUGUUCUUUUGUUCGAGAGUAAACAUCUAUGCAGGAACUGACAGCCCCACGUUUCAAUGUUUAACUGACAGCACAGUGUUAAUGCAAUUAUCUGGAGAUGUUAAAUUAAAUCCUGGCCCUAUCAAGCAACCUUGCUUGAUGCGCAAAAAGACAGUGGCUGUAAACCACAGGGCCUUGACGUGUGACAGUUUUGAACUUCGGUGCCAUACUAAGUAUGGGAAAGUACAACAUUGACAGAUUAUGCAACAACAGAUACACGCUGUCAAACAUCUGGCCAAUAUAUAGAGCCAGACCGGACAGACUUGCUCCAAGGAGCAUUUGGAGGAUUUGAAAAUGAUCUAAAAAUUUGUUACAUUAAAAUGUGCCCACUAUUGGGUUCAAAAGAGCUAAUAGAACAUUUUCUAGAGUUUCCAAUGUGGACAUGUUAUUAGUUACUGAAACGUGGCUCAAGCCAAUUGUGACUAAUUCCGCUAUAGAGUUUGAAGGUUUUAAAUAAAUAAGGAUGAUCAUGGAAGUGACAAGCAAGAAAUCUGGGAUUGGUAUGAUCAUUUACUACAAAUAUUGGCUAAAUGUCACAAAAUCUGAACAGCUUUCUACAUAAGCUACAAAGGACAACCUAAUUGAACAGUCAUGGGUACAACUAAUAAUAGGAAAAGCUAAUCCAUUACUAUUUGCUGCUGUUUACAGCUGAUGCAGGUUUGUCAUCCCUAAAUUAAGUACAAGACUCUGUUGAGUUGGAAAGUUCCCAGAACUUAAAUUUUUAUGUACUGGGGGACUUGAAUUGCAACUUACUGAAAGAAAAUCAAGACGAAGCUAAAUACCUAAAUAGCAUUAUUGAAUCAUAUGGUUUGAAACAAGUUAUAGAUGAGCCAACAAAAUAAAACUGAAACCAUGACUGUUGUAAAUUUUUCACCUGAGCCAAAUGAAAUUCUUGAAUAUGCACAACAGCUUAAGUGAUCAUGCAUUGUUUAUUGCAUUAUACCAACCAAGAUGCCAAAGGCAGUGUACAAUUAUGCACGCUCAUUUCGUUACGUAAACUUAAAGAAGUAUAAAGAGGAUCUUUUAAAUGCUUAUUUCAAAGAAAUUUAAAAAAAACAAAUAUCACUGAUGCUGUGAUUUGCUGGAAUAAGACAUUCCUUGACAUCUUAGACAAGCAUGCACCACUUAAAAAUGUAAAGAUUAAGAAAAUAUCAAAACCAUGGUUUAACUAUUCACUAAAAAAAUGGAUGAAUCGCAGAGACCAACUGCAAAGAAAGGCGAAAAUAUCAGGCCUAGCCAGUGACUGGGAAAUUUACAAAACCUGGAAAGCCAAAGUAAAAAAAGCGGUAAAAAAUACCAAAGAUGCCUUUUUCUCAAACCUGAUAAACGAAAACGUACAUGACCCUAAACAGUUAUGGAAAACAAUCUCCAGAAUACUACCCAAGAAGAAACAAACUAACCUUAAAUCAUACUCAAACAAAAGAACUCUUGCAAAUGAGUUUAACAAUCACUUUGCAUGCAUUGAUACAAAAACGCAAAGUCAAUCUAGAAAGGCCAAGAAGAGCCUCAUAACUCAUUUUCCUAAUCAAACAAAUACGUUUUCAUUUAAUACACUCUCUACAAAGGAUGUCAUCAAGAUAGUAUCAUGUAUGCCAUGAAAUAUAGCAAGUGACAUAGAUAGUAUAUGUGUGAGGUCUUUAAAACCAGUUAUAGAAAUAGUUGCACCAUCAGUUGCACAGCUAAUGAACUUAUCCUUAGCAACAGGGGAAGUUCCAGUAGUGUGGAAAACUACAGUCAUUUCUCCUAUCUUCAAAAAUGGAUCCAAAUACGGCAUUGCUAAUUACAGGCCUAUUUCACUACUUUUAUUGCUCAAGAUACUAGAGAAAGCUGUCUGUUUUCAGAUUAUGAAGUAUCUUGAGAGUAACAGUCUAAUUAGUAAGAACUUUUCUGGGUAUAGAGGAUUUCAUUCCACAACAACUGCCUUAAUUAAGAUCACAGAUGACAUUCUAAGAAAUAUAGAAAGAGGUCUUGUUACAUCACUUAUACUCACAGACCUUAGUAAAGCUUUUGAUACAGUUGACCACAACAAAUUGCUUAUCAAACUCUCAAUGUACGGUUUUGAUUACCUUUCAGGUUUCUGGUUCAAACGUUAUUUAAGAUGUGGAAUUCAACAUGUUAAGGUGGAUGGCAAACUUUCUAACGAAUCACACUUGCAAUGUGGUGUUCCUCAAGAAUCUGUUCUAAGUCCAGUUCUUUUUAUGAUUUAUCUCAACGACUUACAAUUAGCACUUGCAGAAAAUACAAGACCUUCACCAUUUCCAAACCAUCUCCAUGGAUCUGAUUUCUGCAGCACAGACUACGAUUUCACAGACAACAAAGUCCAAUGGGACAAUGGGAUCGCAUAUUGAGCAAGUCAAGGCUAAGGUACUCCGAGUUCUCGGUCUUAUUAAGCAUGCCAAGAAAUUUCUUUCAUCAGGGGUUUUGCAGAAAAUGUAUAGAGGAAUUGUUGAGCCACAUUUCAGUUAUUGCUGCUCGGUUUGGGGUUGUUGUAGUGAAACCAAACUCAAUUCUCUCCAAUAAAACCAGAAUAUAGCUGCAAGAAUAACCAGAAAUAGUCCUUUCGAUGCUCCUGCUGUCCCUCUGCUCCAAAAUCUUGGCUGGCCCUCGAUCAGAGAUCUUAUCAAAAAAAGAAACAGCAACGUUGACCGAUAAGGCAUUGAAGCCACUUGUUCCUCAAUAUUUAGGGAAACUUUUCAGCAAAUGCUCAGAUGGCAGUGUUCGCAAUCUUCGCUCUACUGAAACAAACUUGCAGAUACCUUUUUCAAGAACAUGCACAGGCCGAAAAGCAUUUUCUUAUCGAGGAGCAAAAUUAUGGACUAAGCUGAAUAAGGAAACUAAAUUGGCACCGUCCCUGGCUAUCUUUAAAAAAUAUAAGAGGGACAUUUCAUUUUUAUAUUUAGUUUUAUUAUGCUCUUUUGAUUUUAACUUAUUGUACAUUGUUAUUCUCUUUAAUUUAGGCUUUUCUGUUUUUGCACAGGUCGAUUUGUAAAACAGUUAUUUUGUUACUGAAAUCUGUAAACCUGUAUAAAUAUUUAAAAGCAAAUGAAAAUGAAAGUGAAAAUGAAUGAAAAAAAAUUGUAAAACCAAGAAAAAUAUUUUAAGGUGAAAUAACUUCUCAUCUGUAUAAAAACUCAAGCUUAUAGUUAUAAACUAGAGAUUUGGAGAUACACUUAAGCAUAAAGGGCCCCGUAAAUGGGGUGCGUGGAAUUCGAAAGGAACAAAGGUCAAACGGAAGAUGAUCCGCUAGAAUAGAUACCGUGAAUUCAAGAAUUGCCCUGGGGGCUUAUUAAUUAGACAGUUUUUAGAUGGGGGCAUAUUUUUUUGGAGUCUGUACGAGAAGGUGCUUAUAAAAUCAGAAGCGAAUUGGCCCGGGUGGCCCGGGUCGAUGUGGCUGUUUAAGGGGUUGAAGUAGACUUCUUUUAUAGUGACUCCGCGUAAGUCACAUAACAUUUUUUUGUAAACAUAAAAAGUUGUCUAGUUAAGCCCGGUUUCAAGUCAUGCUCUGCUUACAGUUACUACGUUUCAUGCAACAUUUAGUGUGGUUUUAAAAGUCUUUUGUAGAAUAAAAAGAUUCCCAAAAAGCAAAGAGAUGUAGCGAGAUCUAGCUGCACUUUUAGCCUUGAAACUUAAAAAAAUCGAAGAAUCAUUUCAUUUCAUUUAAUCAUAUAAAACCACGAUAUCCAUUCAGUUCUAUAAAAGUAAAUUACAAUAAAAAAUUUGCAAUUACUUUCUAAUUAAAUUAAGAGCACCGGCCCUGUUAAAUCAUUAGAACUGCCCCUAAAGUUGAUCAUCAACGGAUUCGUGCAUCUAGUGUCUGUUAGUUCAAAAGGUGAUUUUUAAGCCUUUUUUUGAAUCGUCCAAUCGGUAUCUCUUAUAGGUUGUAGGAUACUAUUCCAAGCUUUUGGACCUGUGUACAAGAACCUUUUUUGGCAUGUUCUAAUUUUAAUUUUUGUACAUGGAUGUUUCUUGAUGUUUCUCGUGUUAUAUUUUGAUAUGACAGACCUUUUUAUGAAUUUAUUUUGUAGGCCUUCAGGACAAAGCUCCAGCAUAGCGAAAGUUGACAGAAGAACUCUCCAAGAAGUGCUUUUGUUCAGGCACGGUGCCACUGGUAGGCUGGGAGGGGGGGUGCUCAAGCUCCCCCACUUCUUUAGGGACAAAAAUGUUUGACGGAAAGAAAAUGUUCAAUUAUUCCCGUAAAAAAGCUGCAGAUUCCUUUGUUAAGGAUUAGGACGGCAUGAAAACUAAACUACCAGCUGGACAAUUCCUACCAAACGGCUGUAGCAUACCUUACGGACUGCCAUUCCCAUACAAGAGAACUUUCACUUCUUAUUGCAACCAACACCAUUACUGCUACCACUACGAACGAUCUUCAAGGCUGGGAUGUGACCAGGUAUUUUACCGCAAUAUGCUGAGAAAGUGCAAGCAACGCGCUUGUAGCAUUUUCGCUUUCCAUGACUGCGUGAAAUACGCGAGUGUCUACUAUGCCGCAGUAAGAGCUGGAGGUGGCUCACAUUAUGGAUGACAUGUAAAAGCUGUAUCUAUCUGCAAGAUAACGUUUAAAUUUGACCUGCUUUAAACGAUUUUGUUCCUAUUUUCUUCUCAGCAGUUAUUAUUCAGUUAAAAAUUGAUAUUGUAGCUCAAAACCUUUAAAAGUUGUCAA